AUGAUCGUAUGGGUCCACCUCCCCGAGCUGAAAAUCCACUUUUACCACAAGGAGGUUUUGACUACUUUGGGUAACUUGAUCGGACGCACGAUCAAACUCGACUACCACACUCUCACCCAACAGAGGGCAAAAUUUGCAAGGCUGGCAGUGGAAGUUGAUCUCUCUAGGCCCCUUGUUCCAAGAAUUUGGCUAGACGAUGACUGGCAGGCCGUUGAAUACGAAAACCUACCAGCUGUGUGCUUCGAGUGCGGAAAGAUCGGCCACUCUUCGACAGCGUGCCCCCAGCUCCGGCCUGCCCCUGUUCCGGAGGUUGCUGGGAUCGCCGUCGGCGGCACCCAAAUUUCCUCGCCGGAGAUUUCGUCGGAGGGGAAUGCGGGUUUCGGCCCGUGGAUGCUUGUCACGCGGAAAGGAAGGCGGAAUCAGAGGGAAUCGAACAGUAAAGGAAAGGAAAAAGAUUCGGGGAACACCAUUAAAGCCAAGGAAAAGGAUUUGGGGGGUCUCCAUCAUGGGAACACGGAUAAGAAUGGAAAGGGUGCUCUGAAAUUCAAGGAUCCAGAGGUUUCAUUACCGGUGGUGGCGCCUCAGCCCUCGGCUCUCCUCCAACGGUCGUCGGCACAGGAAAGGAAAGAGCUAGGAGGAAGGAACUUCGGGGAAGGCAGAAGGAAUGGCAAGGAGGUUAUGAGGGAGGAAGGCCCGCCCGUUGGGAAAGGUUUGAUGGGCCCGGGCCCAGCGAAGGGAUCUCUUACAAAGAAAGGCCAGCCCAAAUCGGAGGCUUCUAAGGCCUCGACGUCAAGCCCAAAUCAGACACCCCCCAUUUUGCUUAGCAGGCCGAAUGAAGUUUCUUCCUCUGGGCCCCGCGAGCAAGACAGCCCAAAAGCUAGGCCUAUCACCCCUCCACCAACGCUGGUCUCCACUGGUCCGAAUGGGACGGUUUUGCAGGUCAUUCAGGUAGCAUCUCAAGGAGAUGUGCACCAGCGCCGUGCCGACCUUUCCCCCCCGUCGACGGCAAUUAGAACUAAAGGAAGGAAGAGCUCCAAGGGACAAUCGAAGAAGGGUUCGCCGGCGAAGCUGAACCCGAUCCGCCCGCUUCAGAUAUGGUCCCCGAUGAAGGAGAGGAAGGCAAAAUCAAAAUCGAGGAUGGCAUCUCUCACCCUCCAGGAGAUUAAUGCUUGGACGGAGGCGGCCCUUUCGGCGACGGGUUUUCCGGCAGCGAAGGAUCAGUGCGACGCCCCUACCCCACCCUCGGGUCAUGGAGUCUUGAUGGGCGGUUCACCCCCUGCUUCGGCCCGAUCUGGCGGCGCUGUCUAA